ACAUGUGUGAGCCGAAAAAGAAGGAAAAAAUAUUGAAAACAAGACCAAUUCAACAAACAAAACACAAAGUCUAAUCAGAAUGGUUGAAUUGGAGUAUAGACGAAACCGCAACAACGAACGAACGAGCGAACCAGCAAGCAUCAGCAACAACAACAACAACAACAAGAAACCAACAACAUUCAUUUCAUUAUACACACGCAAUAUAAUAUUGAACGCGAUACGAUAGCGAUAAAAAUAACUACAAAGUCGUCAAACAUCUAUUCGUUUUGUUCUCUGCUGCUGAUCAGUGACAAUUGAUUAGAAAUGAGCUGAGUGAUGUGAAUCAGUUGUUCGAACAUAGAAGCAAAAAAAAAAGAAGAGAAUAAUAUCUAUCACUGUUUUGAAUUAAAGUAAAAAAAGAAUAAGAGAAAAAAAAGUACGUUGUAUUUUAUUCUAUCUUGAUUGAUUGAUCGAAAGCGAGCGACAACAAAGACUACGAGGAGAGAAAAAAAUUGAACGGAAAACAGAAAAAAUUCAGACGAUUCCAGUUGUUGAAGGUCUUGUGCACUUAAAUAUUGGGAUGGGUGUUUCGGCCCCACAAGGUCUCGAUCGACUCGAAAUAUCAACAACCGCUGCCAAAUUAUAAUCGAGAAAUACCCAAAAAAAGAACGGAAUGAAAUGCUUAUAAAUUUUGAAUGAGUGCAAUUAGGCGAGACAGACAGAUACAGAAAGAGAUAUAGAACGGAAAAAAACCAAGUUGAUAAAUUGUUAGUUGUGAUUGAAAGUGAAUCAGUGAUAGUAACAAAGUUGCGCCAAAACAUACCGAAAAAAAAACUCGCCGACCGCAUUUCCUACGAAAAUCGAAAAUAAACAAAUCGAGCAUAUAUUUUUGGAAAUAGCCGAAUCGUGUUUUUGUGUUGGUGUUUAAGUGAGCGUGCGUUAGACUCAAGUGUGGACUCGGCGAACCACAGCGCGUGGUUUGUAUAUACUUUUUUUUUAUCCCUCGGUUGUUGUUGGUGGAAAACGGGAAAUUGUAUGACGACUGACGACUGACGACGACAGCGUCUACGACGAGGGGAUGGUGAAAACUCAAGUGUAUGUGUGUUGGAAAAUGUGGAAAAUGCGUUGAUAACACACUGCUGUACUUUUGUAUUACAUGGGAAGAAAACGAAGCAAGCAUUGGCAUCCAUACAACCCAAGCAUUGCCAUAACAAGUGGAAAAAAUCAAAGGACUCGUCCAAAAACACACACACAAACACGUACCGCAUAUUCACGCAUCAAAUAAAAGGCGAAAAAAAACGUGGAUUUUCAUUGUGACAUUUAAUGAAAUGCUCGAACCUGGUCUAUGUAUAGACCUUAAAACGGCAAAAAAGAAAAACGCAAGCUAAAAUAACAGCCGCAACGAAGAGAGUCAACUCGAAAACUCGUGCGAUAAUAUUCAAUGUGCAUUAUAAACAAAAGACAAGGCUGAACAAAAAAAAAGAAGAGCGAAAAAAAAACCCACAACAAAGCAUUUUGCUCUAUAUAUACUUUCGUCCGUAUGCACGCGGUGUGAGUGAGACGCAAUAUUUGUGUGUGACUCUUAGUGCCCUUUUGACAAGAAAAACCUUUGGUUGUUUGUGGAGUUGUUGGGCCAACGCGCGCGCCAACAUCGAUGAUGAACAUUCUUCGUUCGGUUUUUCUAUAGAAUUUAUGCAUUUUGCUUGAAACAACGACGACGACAACAAUAAAAAAAAAGAACCGCUGUUAACACGAAGAAGGAAAGAAAAAAAAAACAAACGAAAACAACCAAAUCGAGCCAAGUAGACGUAGUGUAAAUUGUGGAAACUGAGAAAAAGAAAGACAGACAAAAAAGACGCAAAGUUGAGAAAAAUUGACCGAAAAAAAGGAGGCGAAUGAACAUGAGAGAAUUCAGUGAACGAGAAUGGUGAAGAGAGUUAAAAAAAAUUUAAUUUAUAACUAUAUUACGCGAAGAUAUCGCACGCUGAUUGCACUCUCUUUCUCUCUCUCAGACACACACACUCUCUGUGUGUUGUUAUUCUAGCGAAGAAGAACGAGUAAUAUGCUCUUCAAAUACACAUAGUUUGUUGUUGGUUGUAUUUUUUUUUCUUUUUGUUUUUAUUCAUUUCUCGUGUGUCGUCUUUCCAUACACAGCGCACAGUGAGUAGAUCAAUGUACUCACACACACCAUCACACAUAGACACAUACACAACGUUAUCCGUGUGCGCAUUCUAACGAGAACCAAAUAAACAGGCAGUAAAUAGACGCCAUUGUUGAGUUGAGGCCAAAGCCAAAAUACAUAACUACGUCUUCAAAAUAAAGUUUGUUUGUUUUUUCACUCGCUCGGCUGUUGUUGUUGUUGUUUUUUUUUUCGUUCAUUCGUUCGUUGGUCUACGGUGUUGCGACCGUAUGCGCAUUCGUAUCGUUUGUGCAUUGGGUUGUGUAACGCACGCAAACGACAACAGCAUCAACAGCAACAGCAGCGCGUUCACCUCUCUGUAGCUGGUGAACUGACUAUACUGCCUGUGCGCUAACACUACACACAGCUGCUGCGGCGGCGGCGGCAAAUAUCUAUCACUAUAGGCCUGAAAUGACAAAUUUGUAAAAUGUGAAUCAGACGCACAAACACACCCAUGUGCGCGACCAAGUCGAUGUGAAUGGAAUCACAGAGUUCGGGAUCCGGAGUCGCCAGAGUCUAUCGCUUUAUGUAUUGCGCACUGAGAGCUGUACAUACUACGUUCACAUACUAUACGGCUCGGCCGUACAACCGUUUGUGACACGACAACCGAGUACGAGAGAAAAAAAAAGCAGCAAAAACAACACACAUCAUCCAAUUGACGUUCACAAUAUCCCGUAAAUGUUUGUUUUGUAUUUUUCUUCAUUUUCAUCAUAUCCGUCUAUAUACCACAUACAGCUAAAGAGACGCUGCUAUCGUACUUGCUGUACUCUGCCUAUAUAUUUCAGCACGUAGUAGCUCAAGUGAGCGAGAGAAAAGACCAUACAACUCGGUAAAAACGUGUUCGCGACCGCGUCCAAGUGCUUGUGCAAGUGUAAAUACUGGUGGCGAACGUAGGCAUCGGAAUUGGUACGGUUUGUGUGAGUGCACGCACGCUCUCUCUCUCUCUCUCUCUCUCACAACGAUUAUGAUGAUGACCAAUGCGUUUUUUGUCUGUGUAUGUAUGUGUUUCGUUCUUGUUAUUCAUCGUUCGUUGAAUAUUGUGAGUGAAGAAAACGAAAAUAAACUACGACACACAGUGAACUACGCCAGUGUGACUACGUGCAUGUUCGUGUAUUUGUGUGAAAGAGAAAUAAUACACAACAACAACACACCAUAAUACAUAACACAUAUCCAAAGCGAAAACGCUUUGCGCGCUCUGAACUAAAUAUUGCUCUGUGUGUUUGUUGAGCCGUACGAUGAAAGAGUGAAUUUGAACGUCGUGAGGUGCGCGCUAUUUUUCCUACUACACAUUCUACUACGAACCAUUGCCAUUGAAAGGAGCAUGUAAGCUCUUUUGCUCUCAGUUUAUAUAUCGUUUUCAAUUCAUAUUCAUUUUCUCGCAUGGAAUUUUGUAAGUUGACACAAACAACAGCGACGACGGCGACAGAAGCAACGUUUAACAUUCUCGAUUGAUAAAUUUACCCAAAAAAUUGCUCCAAAGACAUUACCGGUUAAAUGUUGCUAAUCAAGCAAAGAAACCACUUCAAUCUCUAUCCAUUCGAAAUGGCUGAUGAAAAUGAGAAACUGCUCAUGGAGCUGAUGCGGAAAAAUGAAAAUUCCAUUUGUGCCGAUUGCCGACGAAAAGAUGUGGAAUGGGCAUCAUACAAUAUUGGCAUAUUCUUGUGUACACAAUGUGCAUCCGUUCAUCGCAGCAUCGGUGCACACAUAUCAAAAGUCAAACACUUAAAGAUGGACCGAUGGGAGGACAGCGAAGUUGAACGCAUGAAAGAGGUUGGCAACUAUAAGGCUCGACUCAAAUAUGAACAACGUGUACCCGCCUGCUAUCGACGACCCACCGAACAUACACCACAGGUAUUGCUGGAGCAAUACAUUCGUGCCAAGUAUGAGCGCUUGGAAUUCUGUCACAUUGAACGGCCAAGCUAUACAUCCGGCUACAUGGAUGGAUUUCUAAUGAAAAAAGGCAAAGAAGACCAUCGCUAUCAGAUGCGAAAAUUUAUCUUAAGCGAAUCCGAUGACACACUCAAAUACUAUGUUAAAGAGAGUAAAGAACCAAAGGCUGUACUCCGUCUAUCGGAAUUGAAUGUGGCAUUUGCGCCCGCCAAAAUUGAGCACAAAUCAUCCAUGCAAUUGACAUUUUUGAAAGACGGUUCAACGCGACACAUCUAUCUGUAUCACGAUGAUCCCGAAGUGAUAGUUAAUUGGUAUAUGGCAAUACGAUGUGCAAAAUUGCAUCGACUCCAAGUGGCAUUCCCCAGUGCCACCGAAUCCGAUUUAAUCGGUUUGCUCAGCCAUGAUUUUGCCAAAGAGGGUUGGAUUUUUAAAACGGGACCUCGACAAUCGGACGGCUAUAAACGACGUUGGUUCACAUUGGAUAAUCGAAAAUUAAUGUAUCAUGACGAUCGUUUGGACGCAUAUCCAAAGGGUGAAAUCUUUUUGGGCAACCAUUUGGAUGGCUACAGUGUACGGAUCGGUGUUAGUACAACAAGUGCGAAAAAUCAAGGAUAUCCAUUCACAUUAUUUACACCGGAACGUAUCUACAAUUUAUCGUGUGCCACCGAACAAGAGCGCGACGAAUGGAUUCGAACAAUACAACAUGUAUUAGAACGACCACUUACACCACAGGACAGUUCGGUCUCAGCCCGAUUAAUUCGCAAGCGGACAGGAACAAAUUCGAUAAACAUUUUCACAGGAAGAUAAUAAAUUACAUAGUUUAACAUUAGAAAACAUCAGUUGAAUACAUGAUUUCUAUGCCAUAAGAAUAUCAGCUAUGCUAAGAGGGAAAUAUGAAAAAGAAGAAGAAUAAUAGGAAAAACCACUACCACCACCACCACUACCAUCCGCUACGCUCUCAUUAUCGAUACGGCUGGUCGCGGCGCAGCCAAACAUACACUUUUUCUACAUUUCUUCCGUUCGAACGUUGACCGUUCAUUAAUUUGGUUUUUCUUCAUAGUUUUGUUUAAAAAAAAUUUCGAAAAAGAAAAAAGAAAAACGAAAAUCGUUUUAAUUGUUCUUUCAAUUUUCUGUUCUGAUGGGGGUUUUUUUCUCCGCGCAAUAAAUGACCUGACCUGAACAAAAUAUAUUUAAUAGAAGAAAAGAAAAAAACCAACCACAUAAAUAAUCAACAAGUCUCAAUGGAUUUGUGGGGACAACAAAAUAUUACAUACACACACACACACUAUUUGAUAUAUUUAUCUAUCUAUCAAUAACUACACAGUAAACACGAUGGUUCUAACGUUUAGAACCACAAUAUGAAAUUUGGCACUAAAAUCCAUUUGAGUACCAUUUGUACUAGAAAAAGUUCAAAAUGUUCUAAAUCAAAAAUCAAAGCUUCAUGUAUUUAUUAUAGAACUUUUGGACUUUUUCUAGAGCAAAUGGUACUAAAACAAAGUUAAGUGUCAAAUCUUAACAUUGCUAGAAUCUUUGUAUUAACUGUGUAAGACAACAUAUGAAAAAUGAAACGCUUUGUCAGUUUGCUGCAGUUAUAGAAAAUGAAAAAAAAAACAGAUAAUGAUAAUAACAGAAUAAGUGAAAGAAGAAAAGAAGAACGAACAGGUGGACUAGACAAAUUAAACGUAAUAUUAUUAUUAUUGAAUAUAUAAAACAAAAUAAGCGCAACCGCUUUACGAAAUUCAAGAUUGAAGCAACACAAGCAUAAUAAUAUGAUGAUUGAUGAAAAGAAAAUUACACAUUUAAGCUCUGUAUAAUAAUAAUCCAUGGAAGAAACACAAAACAUAUAAGAUUGUAUUAAUGUGUAUUUGUCAUUAAGAAAAAAAAAACAACAACAACAAACAACGCUAUAAUUUAUAUAAAUAUACAAAAUGAAAGAAUAAUCAAGCACAAAUAGGGCAAAUAGACCAUAUAUAUAGACAAUUUAAAGAAUCCCACAGAAAAAAUAAGGAAAUAAAUUCGAUCGUAACAAUGGACGCUUUUCGUUUCUUUCUAUUAUUGUGUUAUUCGUUGAAUGGAAAUGAAGAAUAGAGGACAACUACAUCUUUCAUUUUGAUCGCAAUUUUGAAAAAAAAAAACAUGUAAAUAAUACAUUUAGUUGAACACAAACGAAAUUGUUUGCUUCCGAUAAACAUACGUUUCAAUAAAACAAAUAACCCAAGAAAGUGUUUCUUCUUUCAUUGGCAUCAAAAUAUUCACAAUGCUUUAAAAAAAUCACUAAAUUGUGAUGAUGCAAGGAAGAUAGAACGCAUCAUUGCUUUAACAUUGCGAAAUCGACCAUCGCUUAUGCGAUCGUCGUGGAAAAUACAUUCAUCGGAGUUGAUGAUUCAACUUCGCCCAAAAUGUCCGAUUUGCGUCUCGGAAUCGAUAUUUAUACCAUAUCAAUUUUUGAUACUUGAACAACAAACAAACGAUUUACGUUGAGAAAAAACGAAUCAUUUCAAAUUUAUUGAAUUCAACUCAAAAAUUGACGAUUCAAAAUCGACGGAAAAUUCGGCAAUUGGUAAUCAAACAGCGAGUGUAUAUUUGCUACUGAGCAAGCCUGAGCUGAGCUGAAUUUGCUGACUCUGGCGUCUAAAGCGGUAAUUUAAGGCAAUUAAGGUGCAAAAUUGUCAUUGCUAGCUGAAAUUCACGUUGUUAAUCAAUCAUAUGAAUGGUUUGGAGCGAAAAUGUAAUACAGAAAAGUUGAGCGGAAGAAUGUCGAUGAUGAAUGAGCGGAAAAGGGAUGGCUAUAUAGUAAACUGCUAGGGGCAUUUCACUCGCAUUCGAAUACAUGAUCAUUCGUGUACGAAUCCUGCAUUCGCAAAAAACAGUAUAAGUAUUUGCAUUCGCACCAUGUAUUCGUACUGCCGCGCGAGCAUUCGCGCGACUCCGCAUAUGAAACGUAUUGAAACACUCGCACAUGUAUUCGUCGCGAAUGCGCUCAGUUGCGAUGAAGUGUCAAACACAGUCAAACAUGUGGAAAGAUGUCAGACGUGUUUGAAAAAUUACAACGUGCAUUAGGUGAAUCUCUACCAGAAAUUUUACAAUUAAUUCUCACACAUUCUGGAUUUAAUACAGAAAGCGCAUUAGCUACGUUGAAUACAAGCAUUUGCGGUCGCAGGUGUCCGAUUUUUUGCAAAUUUGUUUCCGUUUGAUUACAAUUCUUGAUUAACUGUGGCAACUGGAUGAUAAGCAAUCGGUGACCCGGUUUAAAUUUAAAAUGAUUCACAUUCUCGUAUGAUGUUUCUUUGAGAAUUUCUGGGUUUUCAAUGACAUAGUUCUCGAUAUCCAUAAUAGCAUCGUUGUCAAUGGACAUUAGAGAUGAUUCAUUUUCAAAUGCACAGAAUUCCAGGAUUUUAAUAAUAUCGGCCGAAAUUUUUACAUUCAAAUAUUUUUCUAAUUUGAAAAUAACAUUUUCCAGUCCCUAAAAUACAAAACACAACUUAAAUUGAUAUUAAAUUUGUAUCGAAAUAACUAUUUACCAUUUUGGUGAACUAAUGUAAACAAUGUAGUCGCAACGAUUAACACAACAAAUCAAUAUAGAUCUGUCAAGUGCAUUCGCAUUCGCGCAGCAAUAUUCGGACGUAUUUGCUAAUGCGCCGUAUAGAUACAUUAAAUGGUUAUUCGUACGAAUGCGAAUAUUCGGCACGAAUAUCAGUAUUUGCGAGUGUUUAUAUUCAAAUGCAUGGCAAAGUAUUCGCGCAUUCGUACGAAUAGCAGUAUUCGCAUAGAGUGAAAUCCCCCUAGGUAAACUGUAUAGUAAACUAUAGUGAACUAUACAGCUAUCCGAUUUCAUUUGACAUUUUUCCGCUCAACUUUUCUGUAAAUUACAUUUUCGCUCCAAACCAUUCAUAUAAAGGUGGAUCUCAGCUAUCAAAUGGCAAUUUCACAUCUCAAGUGCCUUAAAUUACCGCUUUAGGCGCCAGAGUCAGUAAAUUCAGCUCAGCUCAGGCUUGCUCAGUAGCAAAUAUGCACUAUCUGAAAUCGACGAAAAAUUCGCUGAUACAAAAUCGAUGAAAAUUUCGACGAAAGAUCCGAAAUCAUCGAGAAAUUCAACAAAAAAAAAUCCGACGAUCCAAAACCGAGCGCAAUCAUCUCGCAAGAAGAAAAAACCAAACAUAAAACCGUAGAACAGUGAAAAAUACAUACAGAAAAAUAUAACCGUAAUCACAAGUAAAGAAAAAAAUGAAGAAAAAAAAUUAAGUAAGCAACAUACUUGCAGCGGAGACGAAGUAUCUCGAAAAAAGGAAGAUAGAGAGAGAAGAAACUAAAAAAAAAAUCACAUUGAUGCGCGAUUUUGCCGCUUCAUUUCCGCCGCUCAAUGACUGACGACUGAUUUACACUUUAAAUUAUAUAAAAAUAAUAAUUACAAUGUUCGAUAAGGAUCAUUCGAUAAGGAUUGACGAUGACCGACGACCGACGACGUUCACGUUUGUAGUGAAAUUAAAAACAGAAGUAAACAAAAAAUCAAUAGGUGUAUGUAUUAAAAUAGGCGUUAAGAAGAAGAAGAAGAAAUAUAUACAUGUAUUAAACAAAAAUAGGCAUAGUUAAGUAAAAGUAAGUUAAAUAAAAAGAAAAAUCCCACGGGUAACCAGAGAAUAGUUGAACAUUUUCACUAAGGAACUAAACACAUUUCGCCUAAAUGUGUAUGCUUAGCGAGGGAAAACGACGAUGAAAAUGAAAAUCUAUUGUCAACAACAACAAGAACAGAAGAAGAAUUAAUUUUCUAAUUCUUAGAAAACUGAACUGAGCUACACACACAACAUUGUAACCUAAUAACAUAGAAUUAUACACACACACGACAUUAUAUAAAAUAGCAAAUUAUGAUGAAAAAAGAACAUCCAUUGACACAAUGAUGCUAGCAAAUUGAUGCAUUUCAUUGGCUUCGACAAAAUCAAUCGCAUUUUCGAUUGAUUUAAAUUAUUAUUAUUACACCGUUUCGGUGUGCAACAAGCCAAACCAAACCACUACUGCUCUACAUAAACUGUUUUCAUAUGCAGCAAAAAUGGUUGUUGUGUGUUGAUCGAAUUAAGAGAAGCAAAUACUUGGAGUGUUAGCAAAUUCGUUUGAAGUAUCAGCAACCAAAUGUCAGCGUGGCUCAUACGUUGCCGCCUCUCAUCUCAAUAGAAUAGAUUUUAGCGCCAUUUUCCGUUGCAAUGCAACAAAACAACAACGCCCACGGCUAUUUAGCGCCUUUUCCGUUCCUUACUGAAGUAUCCCACGGAUGCAUUUUCGCACACCAAAAUUAAAAGAGAAAACAAAACAUUUUUUUUUUCUUCGUUAAACCUAGUGAAUUUAAAACGGAAUCCCAGUUAUUUUACGUACCUACACACACAAAUUUAGACAAUUUUCAUCAUUUUUUUCCCUUGUCUUUUUGUUCGGUGUGUACUUUUUUUUCAGUUCAACGCAAUCAAAUUGCUUUUCGUUGUUGCAAGUACGUCAACCCAAAAUGAGAAAAACUAAAGCAGAGCAUAAGUUGAAUACCAAAUGUCUUGAACUAUAUAUAUAUAUAUAUAUAUCGUUAACAUGAGACUCUCUAGACUGAAUGAAUAGAUGAAAACAUGUAGAAAAACUAAAAUCGUACAUAGCUUUUAAGCAAAUCACCUAAAGAAUUGUGUGCAUUUUUUUUCUUAUGUUUAAAUUUAUAUUGGAUAUGAAGCGACGUUUUUUGUUCUGUUGUUGGUGGAUUUUUCCCAGUAUAAUUGAUACAGCCGCCGAUGGGCAGACACAGUUUUUUGAAAGUCUUUUUGCCAGAUCUAUCCACGCGAUUAUAUGUCCAUUUAUCAGAUUUUGUGUGUCACACAAUUUUGAAGCGUGAUCACAUACCAUUCAAUUUUAUUUCCAAUGACCCGAUGUCCAUGAAUGAAUUCAAUAAUGAGGACCUAUAAAUAUUUAGAUUGUUUAUUUCAAUGACAUCACGGCGCCGCCACCAAUUUUUUUUUAAAUUGAUUUAAAUACAUUUUUUAAAUCAUCAAUUUUCAUCGAACUAACCCAUAAUUUGAGGGUGGAAUGAAUUUAGAAUAAAAUCUAUGAACAAAAAAAUCAAAUUAAUGUUGAUCAGGAUUUCAAUUUAAUUUUGACUCAAUUAAAUUUGGCUUAAAUUCAAUUUCAUCUGAAAUCGAGACCAAAAUUGGAUCAAGAUCUUGAUCAACAUUAAUUUGAAUUGAUUUUUUUCGAUUAUUGAUCCAAAUUUCACUUUAUGAAAUUUUCCUUAAAUUGGAAAAAUAUCCAAAAACAAAUUGUGUAUCGAAUUUAUUGGGAUUUCAAAGGAUUUGGAUGUAAAAUAAUUCGAUUUCGAUCACUAAAUCCAUUCUUAGCACUACAUGAAAUGUAGAGCUAUUAGAUUUUCUUUUAAAAUCUACCUCGAAGAUCAAUUAAUUGAUUUUUAAAUGGAAUUCAAUGACAAAACAAUUCAUUUUUGUUCAUGGAAAUUUCAAUUGAAUUGCGUCACGACAGAUAAAAAUUUAUUCUUGAACAUUUUUUUGUGACGUUGUUUGAAACGGUAUUUUUCAAAUUCGAGAAGAAAAAGAAAUCCCGUUGGAUUUUUUCCAUGGAAAUUUCGGAUAAAUUUUUUCCGUUACAUUUUUUCCAAUGUGUUAUGAGUGUAAAAUGUUGAGAAACUAAAUCCCACCAGUUAAUAUAUUCCAAAUGAUAAUAACAUUUCUCCAGUAAUUUCUGUUUCCAUCACAGAAAUAUUAAUCAUGAGAUUACAAGCAUAAUAAUUCCUAAAUGUUGAGUCACAUAAUUGAAUUUCUGAUAAAUCUUAUCUGAAAAUAUGCGGCUCACUUGUUAUCGACAAAACCGACACAUCAACAUUAAAUUUAUGCAUUGACUCAUGUCAUUAUCAAUUUAAAGAGAAAAAAAACAAGAAGCUGAACUCAGCACUAAAUAAAAUAACACAUGUUAAAACGAAUGAUAUGCGAAAAAGACUGAAAAACAGUUUCACACUUUCUAUUUAUGGAAAAUAAAUAUCUAAAGUUAUCCGCACGUGUAUCUCGAGAAAAUUCUCUAUAAAAAUGUUAGUUAAAAUUUAAAAAAAAAUUAUCACCUUACAUUGGAAUCAGCAAGAUAGGAUUCCCAAUUUGGGAAUUUAAAUUUUCAACUUAAUUUAUUUUUUUGCGGAUUUUUUUCCUUCCCUUUUUGUUCUGAUUUUUUUUUCGGAUUUUUGGAAGAUUUUUUUCCUUUAAAUUAAUCCCUCACGAUUUCAUUUUUUUUCCCGUUCGUUUGUUGAAUUUGAAAUGACGCAUGCGAUUAAAUAAAUUUCAUAAAAACAGAUUGUUUAUAAAAAAAAGUUAGAUAAAAUCAAGUAAAUCACAUGUUAAAAAUAUACAUGGAAUGAAUCAGAAGCCAUCCCCAAAGAAUUAUUAUGUUUGUAAUAUGAGUCUCUCGUAAAUCCAUGUGACCUCAUGAAUUUAAUUUUUUUUUUUAAUUUCUUUUGAGAUUUUUUUUCCUCUUAGCAUUGAAAUUUCGAUACAUUUACGUUGGUUUAUGCAAAUAGAAUUUUCUCAAGGCGGCGUCGCACUCGGCGAAGAACAAACUUAGUCUGAUAAUAAAAUCUACCGAUUUAAUCUAGAAAAUUGGAGCGUAAAAAUGCGGUUACAGGCCAUUAUUGAAGUUCACGUUGAAAUAAAGUUCAAUCGUCGUUGAAUUUCAAGGCUCCCAGACAUAAUUUCACGGACGGACUUUGUAUGAUUUAUAUUGCCCGUCCGGGAGCCAAUUUCAACAGUUGAAUGGUACAUGACACACAAUUCCGAUAUGGUCCAAAAUUGUUCGGCCGAUCGGCAUUCUCUCUGCAAAAUAGACGAAAAAAGAAGAAAAAUGUUUAUUUUUAAAUGCGUUUUCAAGCAACAAUUUUUUUUUCAAAAUUGAAGAAAAACCAUAAAAUUGACACCGAAUGUCCGUCUAAAUUGUUCCGUCUACAUGGGAUGGACAUCGUCCAUUGGACAGAAAAUUAAAAGGAAUUAGAAAAAAAAUUUAGAAAAAAAAUUGAAUAAAAUUCGAUGCACGAAUUAAACAAAAAAAAAAAAAAACGAAGAAAAAAACGCAAAUUUUCUUCCUCGGCUGCAAAGUAUGCGAAAUUCGAAAACAAAACGACAAAAAAACCGCAGUGAACAAAUCAAAUUGGAAAUUCAAAAUUAAGAUGUAAAAGAAAGAAAAGAAAAACCUAUACAUAAAAUAUUGUAUUGAAUAAGGCUUAAGUUAUAUGAAAAAUAAAAAUAAUAUCGGAUAUCGAGCAAAAAAAAACAAAGCAAACCAAAAAAAAAAACCGGUGGUCAGUCAUUUCAUUUACUUUCUUCAGGUGGUCAGUCAUUCGGCUCGACAGGUUUGUGAAUGUUUGUCAAGUGGCGCGCUAAGGGAUUAUAUAAAACUGAUUUAGCCAUGAUUGAUGUUGGCCUACUCGGGUCGAUAGGUGACUCGGUCUUCGGCAAUUCAAUCCAAUCGAUGAAUCAUCACGAUGGUUUGACCUUUGCUGUUAUUUCCGUUGCACGUGCUAGAGCAUUUCUGAAAAAUGUGUCAAUUUCCAUCGAAAACUACUGCAGAGCAUUCAUACAUUAAGUGCGUGUGUAUGUUGCGCAACCCAUUUGGAAAUCCCCAAUGUUUUCUUCUCUUCCUCCGUCUUCUUCGGCGAAAGCAUUCAGGAGAGCAAAACAAAGUACAUUUCGAAAGGUAUACACCAACACCGUCGGAGCCACGAAAGAGAAAAAAAAGUGAAAGAAACCCUGUCAAACAGCUUAGAAAAAGAGAAGACAAAACAAAACCAAGUGAAAAAAGAAACACACAGAUCAACGCCGAAUGUUAUAGCCAUUUCUUCGGCUCUGUGUGAAGCAAGCAAUCGACAUGCGAACGAAGGAGAGCAAAGAAGAGCAAAAGAGAGCAGAAAAGAGCAACGAGGAGCAAAUGAGAAUGAAAAAGAUCGAGAGACGAAGAAGCAAAGGAAAAAAAAGUCCAUCGAAGUCGCACAUUCCGUGCCACAAUUGAUAUGAAUUCCAAGAAUAUUCAAGUGCAGAGAGUCUGUCGCGCGCGCACAAAUUGAAUGAAUCACAUUGCAAUCGCUCGGUGCCAUCGUAGUGCCUCCUCUCCUCUCCGCCGUCCACGUUGAAAAUGUGUGUGUUGGCUCGCGCGUGUGUACGUGCAUGUAUGUCUGUGUAUUCGUGUUGUUUUUGAAUUUAGUGACGUAUUUUCCCCCCUGGUUCUCGGCCGUGUUGCAUUGUUAAGAUGUUUAUUUACACCAUCACCCGAUCUUGAAACUGAAUAACUGUGAAACGCGAUGGAAUGCGAUUUGAUAUUAACAUUGAAUCAUCAAACAAAUACAAAGUCCAUUCAAAUGAACCGUUCAUCGGUAAGUCAUGUGCUGCUGUUGCUGGUAUUGGCUUCUGCUGCCGUUGUUGUUUCUGUUGCUGUUUUGCAUUGCCAACGAUUUGCUAAACAACCAAAUCGCCAAACCACUUUCAAACGAAAUGAAUUUCCAUUUCGGCUUUUAUGUAACAUCAUUUGCUAUGGAAUUUUUCGUUCAUUCAUUCAAUCGUUGAUUUCCAAUCAGUUUUUUUUUUCUUCGUUGUUUUGCUCCAAUCAAGCCCAAUCGAGAGUGGAAGACGAAAAAAAAUGUGAUUUUUAUUAGUUUUAUUCAAAUGCCAAUUACGUUUUGCUACGAGAGUCAAACCUUAAUUGAGGCAUUCAACUGUGGCAAACGGGCUCGAAAAGAAACGAAAACCAAAUCAGCCGAACCUAUUUGUGAAGAGUUGUGAAAUUGGCUGCUCGUUUGAAAGUAGUAAACAUCAAUAAAAAUAACCUCAUUUCGGCAUUAUUUUUUCCGAGAAAUUUGGAUUUUACUGUGUUGGUGCGUGUAUGUGUUUGUGUGCUCAGUGCGCGCUUUUAUUUGAUCGUUUUGAUAUAUUCUCAAUAACAUUAUCUUGAUUGUUCGUCAGAAAUCGCGCGAAUGUGAGCCGCACAAUCGAUGUGUUCUGCAGAGCGAGUGAGAGAGAGAGAAAGAGACGGGGUUUUGGCGUGAUGACUCAUCAGCUCAACAAAAAAGCAUCAAAACAAAACAGCAACAACAAUUUCAAAUAAACACACACACACAAGCACGCACUUGCGUUUUUUCCCAAAUCGCACGGCGGCCUGAAAAUAACAACAUUCGACCAACAAAAAAUAAUACACACAAUUCGAUGAAUGCCGAAAUGCACGUAUCUAUCUCCACUUGCGCAACACUGCGGCGUCGAUAAUGCCAUUAAAAACCGAAAACAUAUGCAUACGACGGCGGCAUGUUCGAUGGUUGAAGAGAGAGAGAGAAAGAGACAGACACUGACGGAAAUGCCAUAGUAAGUGGAGAAGCCGCAAAUUCUCAAUUCUAUGCCAGCCAAAGCUGCGAUUCGAAUGUGGUGUGUGUGCUUUUUUCACUUCCGAUGGAAUGCGGAUUCAAAUUUGAAUUUUACAUGCAUUUGCUACUGAAGCCUCACAUCGUGCGUGUGCGUUUAUUUGUUUUGAUUUGCACAUUUUUUUGUUUCACACAUUUUUUUCAUCCUCUUGGGGAUCAUUACACCCACACAUGGAGAUUUCCAACAUUUCUUAGAAACUUUUGUUUCCUUGCACUUUGAACAACCAUUUUUCGCAAAAUUGAACGAAUCUUCUAUUCUAAUCAGAAGUCAAGCCAUAUUUCGACUCUCAUGUUUGAGUCUCAUUUCAACUUUUCAUGAUUUCUUACUAGACUUUGUAAAAUUUCUGGUGAAUUGAUAUGAUUACUUAUGAAAUAGUUUUUUUUUUAAAUGAGAAAAUGAAAUGGCCCAUGAAAUUUAUCUCAAAAUGAGCGGAAAUUCUUGCGAGUCCAUUUCAAAUAUCCAAUUCGAAACGGUAGAGAAAAAAAACAACAACAAAGAUCAAAUGAUUUCGGUGGAAAUGAAACAAGAAUGGGAGUCUAUUCCUAUUGACUAUUUAUGAGAGUGAGAAAGAAUGAAAGAGAGAGAAAGAGAGCAAGAGACUGCGAGCGAGCGAGAGAGAAAGAGGUCAAGAGCGAGCGAAAGAGUGAGAGCAGGAGAGCAAGGGAGCAAGAGAGCGAAAGAGCAAGAGUGGAAGAGCGAUAGAGAUAGACAAAACAUUUGUAUCUGAACGUUCGCAUAUUGAGCUAUGAUGUGGUGUAUAUCAUUUUGUGUCUUUUUGUUUGCAAACGUUUUUGUCGUAAACAUCGGUCGAAGUGCCUAGGCAAUAGAGCUGUGUACAUUGGAAAAUAUGUAAAUCGUUGGUCAAGGUCAACACAAAACAAAUCGGCACAUAGCAAAACGAACAAAAAAACACAAACACACACACACACCACAAAUCAUCGACAUGCAUCGCGAUUCGAGAAGCAAAGUGAACAUACAAAAACGUGUUCGCAACGGCCAUGAUUGUAUCAAUCGUUUCUAUGAAUUGUUUGUCGCUUAAUCCAGCGGCCGUUUACAAAGAAAUAUACCCCCCCCCCCCUCCCCAUAAACAAUUUAUUGGAAAACACACAAUUCACUUUUUAUAUCCACACUGCGCUCGUUGAAACGGUCUCCCUCCCCCAUUCGAUGCAUUCACUUUUGUUUUUGUUUUCAAUCGGAAAAUACCGACACUCGUCUAUGGCAUAGAUAGACUCUAUGCAAAGUGUUUUGUGUGGUUUUUUUUCCUUCUUUCUCUCUUUCAAAACAGUGGUUUUGUUUCUUUAAUGGGCCUAAAAUGCCUGACGCUCUUAAUAUAGUGGAAAUUCCAACACGUGUUGCGCUAUUCCAAAUGCAGCGUGUGCACCGUUGCUGCUUCUGCUGCUGCUGCACGGCACACAACAUGCACACUUUUUUUCCAUUGAAAUAUGGUGCAACUGCGAAGCGCCCACUAAAGAGACACCACUUUUCUAAUCCAUAGCCUUUUGUUUUGGAUUUUUUCACAACCAAUUAACAAUCUUUUCACAUUCCAUUGAAACUAAAUAAUUAAUAUCACAAUUGAAUAUUGAUUAUUGCAAUCGGUUUCGGCAGAAACCAACGCCGCCAAUCACAAAAGGACACACCGUUAAGAUUCAUUACCGAUGCCAUCAUUAAAUUUGAAGCAGUUUUUUGUUGUUGUUGGGAUUUCGAUUAAUCCAUGGGAAUUAUUGGCUUCGAAAAGAAAACAACACUUAUGCGCAUUCUUCACCUUUUUCUCCCUUUCCAUCAUCUUUGAAUUAAGUGAACAAUUCAAAAUUUGGACUUAAUUGCUAAAAAAAAAUACGUUGGGUUUUCCGUAAUAUUUCAAUGUCUUCCUUCCCCCGCCAAUUCCGAUUCUUUCGCAGAAUUUUGCGUAAUUCUUUUCAUUCGUUGUUCUAAGCAUAGCUUGUGGUUUCGCUCACCUUGUAUUCAAACGGAUUUCAGUUUCCCGUUUUUUUUAUUCGUUUUCUGAUCAAUUUGAAAUUCAAACUUUGAACUCUAAAGUAUACCCAAAGUUAUUGCUGCCCAUAUUUCUUUCAAUCUAUCAUUCUUUCGAUUGGAUUCUCAUUUUGAUUCAAACAUUCGGACGUUCGAACAAUCGAGCAUUGGAACACUCGACCACUCAAACACUUCCUGAUCUUUGACACUUUCGAUCUACCCAAAACAAAUCACAUUGGGUAAUAAAACUUUAAGCGAAAUUCAAUCGAUUCUUUAGCUUCAAGCAAAAAUCGCAGUUCAAUGAAACAGAAGUCGUGAAACAGAGCUCUGAAUUUCUCAAACAGAAUGUAAUUCGUUUUUUUUUGGUCAAACGUUUUAUUUUUUUUUUUUGGAUCUAUCCGUGUUUCUAUAUAUGGAUCAUUGAUUGGAACAAUCGACUUAAAAUGCGUGCAUUUGAUUAAAAAAAAAUCCUUCAAUUAUUCAUCAAAAAUGCUUCAAAAACAUCAAUUGAAAGUGUUUUAGUUGAAAAUAAGCGAUUGAAAAAAAUGUCAGUCGAAAAUCGGGGAUCCUACGGUCUACAAAUGCUAAAUCUGUUGAUAAAAAUCCGCGAUUUGCGAUUUGAAACAUGUCGAAUAUGAAUGAAACACCUUUUUGAAUGUAACGUUUCGUAUUUCCAUUAGAAAAAAAACACAUCACCUCAUUGAAUGUUGCUCAUUCUCUACGCCGAUCAUUAUGUCAUCGAUUCAAUUUAUUGGGUUGACGUAAAAAAAAAAUGUCAUCAUUCUGAAUUUGAACUUCACAACGAUGAUUAAAUUCAUUCAGUAUUUUGGUUUUGUUGCCGUUGUAGUCGUCGUUGUCGUCGUUGUUCUGAUAUUGAAUGAAUGAAUCGGUUUGUUUUGUGUGAUCGCUCGCCUGCGCUCGCUCAUUCGCGCUGUUUUCGCUAUUCGGUUAUCGCAUAUAAUUGGAAUUUAUUUGCCACCUGGUCUAUACUCGAAACGUGUUUGUUUUGUGACACAAAAUAUAUGUCAACAUUGGAUAGGAUCAAUGAUAUGAUAUCUCGAAGUGACAAAAAAGAAAAACAUUCCGCGAAAUGCGGUUUAUCAUGAACAAAAAAAAAAUAGAAAUAGUCGAAUAUGGUGUGGUUUAACUUGAGAGUUAUAUUUUUUUCAUCGCAACACCGUGCGGAAAUAACAAAGAAAAUCGCCCAUGCACAGUGCGGGCAUUUCCAAAGUUGGGGAAAAAACGAUGUGCCUAGAACAAGGAGAUGCAGGGAAAUUUUCAGCAUAAAUUCCCAACAUCAAAUCCUGCUUUGCAAAUCCGCAAUUGCAAUCAAGUGCAACAUAAGAAUUGCACACUUGUAUGUUACAACAAGUAGCUAGGGCGCGUGCAUUUGCACACAUACACAUACACAGCAACCGACGGCGACGGACGACGACGGCGACAACAACGACGAGAAAUUUUAUCGAUUGACGUUUUGCACGAAACGAAACGAAAUGAAAAAAGAACGAAGAAGAACAAUUGCAAAUAGGCGAAAAAUGCCUGCUUCGUGAAUUCCGUUUUGAUGUGUGCUGCUCUGCUGCUCGAGUGUAUCGCAUUCGACGCUGUUGUUGCUGUUUUUCGUACAUUCUCGAAACAACGGGGCCUAAUGCAUAUAUACAUUUGAACUGCGUAGCAGCAGCGGCAGCCGAGAACACUACAAGAUUUAACACGUUUGAGGCAAAGUAAAACAAGCGCACAGCAAAAUAUACAAAGUGUGCGCGCUUUGGCACUUGGUCUUUUUCAGUUGCUCGGUGUUGUGUGUCUCGUUAUAUGGUAUUUUGUGUGUCGGUCGGUCUCUCCGUUCGUUCUGCUGCUGCUGCUGCUGCUGAACAUCAAGUGAUGGCACACGUACACGCACACACACAAACCCGCAAACGAUAAACACACAUACACGCGCAUGGCCCAUCCAUACAAUCACAUCACCGCAACAUGCAACCAAUCACCGUGCCCCAUUCACAUAGCAUGACAUCAUCGUGCACCAAUCGUACGGCGUGAAUGUGACGCGAUCAAAUAUUUUUAGCCAAAAUGAGUCAUAUGUAAAAACGACGAUGAAAUACAAUUUUGCCUUCAUUCGCAUUUUAGCUAUUGACUCGUCAACAAUCCACACACCACACAACAAUUUUUUCCGUUUCUGUCCACACAGUCUUCUCGUCGUAGUCGAACAAAAUUGAUCAUCAUCGUGUGCCACACAACGUACAACUGAACACCGAAGGAGAAGCAACAACAACAAAAAAAAAUAUCAAAAACGAAAUAAUAUCAAGACGAAAAGAAGAGAGAAUAAUAGUAAAACGUGCGCAAUUGAACGAGUAAGACAUAUACUCUCAGUUGAAGUUAUGUGUUUGAAUCGUAUAGAUUUUCCAAUAAAAUUUUUUAUUUAGUCGCUCCGCGUAUCCGUGUGUGUUUACUACAAUUGCAGUCAGCGAUUUUUCUUUCUUUAUUUUCAAUUAUUUGACGUAAUUUUUUUUUAUUGCAUUGUUUUGUGAAACGAGAGGAAAAGAAGAAAGAAAAAAAAAUUAUUGAAACAAAGAUUAUUUCAAUUGAGAUUGAGAUUAGUGUUGGUAUUAAGUGCUUUUUUAAAGAAAAAAAAGAAGAAAUACGUGAUUUGAAAUCAGUGGAAAAACAAAUUUGUUGAAUCGAAAACCGAUACAGUUGAACCGGGGAUCAACCCAUGCAUAUUUUGCGACACAACAUCGAUACAGACACCAAGAGAAAGAGAGACAGAGAAGCAACGACAGAAGAAGAAACAAGAGAGAAGGAAAAAAAAUAACACUAAGGUGAUUACAGUGUGUGUGAUAAAAAAGAAGCGAGAAAAAACGAAAUACCCGAAAUAUACGAUAAUGAAAUUAGUGCUUGUUGUUCGUGUGUCUUGACAAUAAUCCCACUUGAUUGCGCCCCGAAUAUUUGGUCGCCGUUGUUGACGUCGUCGUCGUCGUCGUAGUCGCUAUUGUUGCAAAAAAGAUAUUCGCAAUAAAUCAGCUGAGACUGUGGAAUACACACAAUAACCGCGUGCGGAAAUUCCAGUGUGAAAAGCAUCAAACAAGUCAUUGAAUUUUUUUUUCGGCUUGACAGGACAUUACAGGACAGGGCUCCCCCUAAAACAUACACAACAACAGACACACACACACAUCGGCUGCACGCAUGAAAACAUUGAUAAUGCACGAAAACCGAAACAAUACCAUGGAAUCGUUUUAUGAAGAGAAUGGUUCGUAUGUCGCCAACGCGACACAAGCCCGAAUGCAACGCAAUCUCAAGCGACCGGAAAGUUUGGAUCUAAAUUUAGCCGUCAACAAUAAUAAACAGCCGGGCGGUAAAAGAGCCAGAUGCAAUCAAAUUCCAGCCGUUCUCGCCUCACCCGAUAUAAAUAUGCUGAAAUGGGGCACACCAGACCUCGAAAAAUUCAUCAUGUCCACCGACAAUCCGCUACAAACGCCCACACCAAGUAUCUUUCUUGCCAUUAAUCCGGAUUGUCAAGUUAAGGUAAGGCUGUUGUUGGUAUUUUUUUUUUGACUUUUGGCUUUUUGUCACCGAUCGGAUGACAAUUGUUGACUCGCCGAUUGGCGACGAUAACGACAAAAUUAACCAACAAUUUCGUCGACAUUUUUUUUUCGAAAUUCUUUGUUGUUGGAAAUUUUCGCACAUUUACCGAUCGAAAAGCUAGAAAUUUAUUUCUCUGUAGUUAUUUGUCAUCAGAAAUAUAUUGAUCGAACUGUGUUCGAAUCGAACACCUAUGGUAUUUUCAAAAACCUCUGGGAAGUUCUUAAUGAGAACCAAUUAUCCUGGACAAUCUGGCUUUGUGUGUUAUACCAUCACAUCUAACCAUUGUUUAUGCCAGCCCAAUUGACCUUUUGUUGUGAAUUCGCAUGCAAAUUGGUCAAUACUUUUUGAUCAAUAAAAGCGAAAAUGUUCAAGGAAAAGUGAAAACAAUGUGAAAUUUCAUUGGAGUCUUAUGGAAAAUUCGAUCUUUUCUUGAAAAUUAAAACAUUUUUCUUAUGAAAACUCGAAAUCUUCUUCAUAUUUGAUCUUCUUUUUUUUUAGGUUAAACGGUUUUUCGCUCCAAGGGAAAACUUCCAAUUAAAUUGUGCUAAAAUGAAAAGAAAAUCCAUGCUAACGAAAUCAUAUCUUUCCCAAAUUACAGGAAGUAACAGACGAGCAAGAAGAAUAUGCGCAACCAUUUGUGGACGCCCUAAAUCAUUUGCGAAACAGUGAUAAGGCUCACCUCCACCCUCAUCCAGCGGCACACCACCAACAACAACAACAACAACAGCAUCAGCAACAGAAUAAUUUAAGUGAAUACACCACAGCAGGAACGACCGGUGCCAUUAUGGCGAAUCCAGCCAUUACCACGACAUCAGCCACCACAUCGACGAUAUUGAGUAAAGUCGGUAUGAGUGGAGGUUCGGUGACAUACACAAAUCUAGGUAAAACGAGAAAAAAAACAACAACCAUGUGAAACCAGUGGAACAUUCUUCGAUUCGAUCCUAAAAAAGCCAUUUGCUUAUCUAAGGCAACACGAAAAAACAACUUCGAAUUCCAGUCUCAUGCAUUUUUUUUUUUUCGAAGCAAAAACCGAGUUUGACCCAAAAUGAAAUGAAGAAGACGAAGAAACAAAAAAAAAGUGAAGAAAUUUUUUUUUUCGUUGGGUAAACAAUUGUUGAAACAAUGUGUCUGCAUGAGGUAUGCAAGUGGAAGGUCAUAUGAUGAGAAACAGUAGAGAUUCACUUCGGUUUGUUGUCAUUGAACGUAGGAAUUACGGAUAGUUCAGUCAGUUUCUCUCUUUCCCUCGUUCGCACAUUCGCUACGGACGAGCACCGAUAAAAGCCGAACGAAUGAGAUCGAGAGAAAAGACGAGACGAUUAGACUCGAACGAGGAAACACGGACAGGGAAAAAUUCCUGCAUUUUACAAUUGAUAAAAUGAUGUCGCCAGUCAAUUUUUAUCACCAGUUUCUCGCCAUGAAGCCAUUCGCCCUAAAUUGCUUUCCGAAAUUGUUUUGUUCUCUCUUCUUUUUGACUCGCUGUCUGUUUACGCCAUAAAAUUCGUCAAAUGAAACAAAACAAAGUAUCGUGUUUGCUUGUAGGUGGCUAUUGCGAGGUACCAAAUCAUCCGCCACCUAUUCCAAUGGCCAAUGAACAACGCGUAGAAAAACGAUUAUUACUUUUUGAUUCCAAUUUCAUUGCGCCAAAACACAAACAACUACAUAGCAUGGCCCGACGCAAAAAUUCAAUUGAAUCGGGGAGCGAACCGAAGAGAGAGAGAGAAAAAGCACACACUGCAAAUGAACGCAUUGUGGGCGGAUUUGGCGGCGAUAAACUUCCAAAUUAUUUAUUCCACAUCAAUAUUCGGAUACAGACAAAAAAACGAUUGCGACUCGCUCUGCCAUUGAAAUGUUCAACGAAUCGAUGUCAUUUUUGAACCGUCAAACAAAUUGCGAUUUUUUUUUUUCAAGAUCCAAAUUGAUUGUUUGGAUUUUUUUUUUAGAUUGAAUUUGAUUUUAAAAACUCGAAUUCGUUCUUUUUAAUAUCCAAAUGAUUUUGUAGCACAAUUCUGGUUCAAUGAAUACUAGUCAUUUGAUGGCUCACGAAGUUUAAACCGAUAUUUUUGAAUGGAUGUCUCAUUUGAUCGCUCACUUCAAAUCUAAGAUAUUAUAAGUUCGGGGCAUUUCCUACCAUUUCAAUCGAGGGGCGUAUUUGUCGUCCCCAGUCAAAAAAGACUCGCAUAAUUCUCAUGUAGACUCCCAUUGACUCGCAUAAACUCUUAUCAAUUUGAACACGAGUCGCCACGAAUCAUAGCACCGACAUUUUUUGGCCAAUCUACGAAUCAGCUACGAUCGAUAUGGAAAAAUUGUAUUCAAUUAUUCCCAAGACUCGUCCGGCCGACUACAUUGUUUCUUUCUACCUUAUGAGAUCAUCAACUAGAACAAUCAUCAACUCUUGGUGCCAAGUUGAGGCUCUCAACUAAAGCCAAUGGUUUCAAAUGAGCAAUCGAUUUUUCCUUAUUUUUUUAAAAAUUGAUUCGUUGAUUCGACUUGAGUUUGCUCGGUCCAAAGUCAUACCAAACGAUUUAAGAGAACUGACUCCCGUACAAAUAGACUUGAAAUUCAUUUAGUGACUUGAAAGACUCGCAAUGGCAUUAAAAUCGACUGGUUUGGUGUGAAAAGGAUUUAAAACAAAACUGAUUUUCGCAGUUUCGCACAAAGAGGCUUAAUUAUUGUGUGUUAAUGGCUUAAAUCGGGUGAAUUUUAGAAUUAAAAUACCUUUUCGUCUUCUUUUCAAUCUAAAAACCGUCAAGAGAUCAGCUCUUCGCUCUCAAGAUGCAUUUAGCAUCAAAAUUGGUUCUCAUCGAACCACCCACACAGACAUAAUUUGCAUUUAACACAGAUACGUUUUGUAUUGAUCUCAAGCAUACAGACUCCUCAAUUUGGGCUUCUUGUAAAGCAAAUGUUGGGAUUAAUUCGGAUCAGGUUUCCAAUCUCAGUUCGAAUGAAGAAAAAAAUUGAGACUUGGUUCACCAUUUGAAAUUCCCUCCCUCCAAAACAAAUCUAAAUAGAAUUCUAACCAUCAAGCAUUUUUCUUACAGACGAUAGUUACCCAGUUACAAUAAAAGAUGAA